AUGGCUUCAACACAGGAACCCAAGGCUGGUACAGCGCCCGCGACAAAGGACAAGACCAUCACUCCAGACGCGCCGGCUGAAGACGCGCAGAGUGACAAUGCUGCCUCUGAAGACCAUGUCCGCGACGAAAAGGUUGCGCCGGGACCGACUAAAUGGCAGAAGGUAAAGGCGCAUCUCUUCAAGUUCAAGUGGUGGUAUUUGCUCGGUAUCGCUGUCCUCCUUGCCAUCUUGCUCCCACUACUAUUCACCGUCAUCAUUCCUGCAAUUGUCCAAAAUAUCCUCAAUGGCCAAAAACUACCCAUCGAAGGCGGCGCUCUGCAAGUCAUCUCGCCAGACUAUGUCCAGAUGAGUAUCAACACGUCGCUGAAAACGCCAUUAGCUGCGACUCUGAAGCCUGUCGAUUUGGACCUGUACAACAAGGAGACGCAUCCCAUGGCCUCGUUUCUGAAGCUCAGGCUCCCGAACCUUCAUCUCAACCACAAAACGGAGGUCUCUAUCGUGAACCAGACGAUGGAGGUCACUGACCAUAAGGAACUUCUGGCAUGGUUCAACGAAUUCUUUGACAAGCCUAAAGUCGAGUUGUCGCUGGAAGGCAAGCCCGAGAUUCACCUCAGCUCAUUGAAGUAUCACCGCAGCCUGAAAAAGACAAUCGAGAUCCCUUCCCUCACGUACCUCGCUGGAUUCGCCCUCAAUGAUCUAGAUUUUGACCUCAAGGCGAACCGUACGACGAAGUACAACAUGAAGGGCCAUCUGAACAUCCCCAACUCUGGUGUUCUCCGCCUCGGACUCGGAAACUUGACCUUCAACGUCAUGACCGGCGAGACAAGAGUCGGUCUUAUCAACAUCUAUGACUUGCAACUCUGGCCGGGCAACAACACCAUUCCAUUCGAAGGGAACUUUUUCUUCGAUGAGCUGAUACCUAAUCUGUCGGAUAUCCUCGACAGCCAGAAGGUCGCGCUUAGCAAGGGCUACAUGGCGUUCAACGCAACCGGAAACUCAACCAUGGCCAAUGGUCAACACAUCAAGUAUAUCGAGGGUGUUUUGAACAAGAAACAUAUUCCAUUCACGUUCCCUAUCAUCUCGCUGCUUGGUGAUGUCGUCGGCGGUCUGUUGGAUGCUGAUCAAGGUUCUCUGCUGAACAUUUUCGGUGGCGCUGUUGGGAACACGACCUUGCUUGACCAUGUCCUGGGUCAUUGGGAUCAAAAUGGAAAUGGUGGAGGUGGAGGAGAUACAACUGAUAAGAUGGUUAGAGGGUUGUUGGGGCGCAGCAGCGGCGGAAAGUCGAGGUCAUGGAUGUGGAGUUUGAUGAAGUUGGGACUGACGAGAAAGGGUCUGUGA